ACAAUUGACUAGCGUAAUAUUCCGUAUAUAUUACACAUGUGUAAUACAACAUUUUAAAGCGUUUUCAUUGGCUUAGUUUUCGUUUAUGGACCAAUCGCAUUUUGUUAGUUUGCUGAAAUGACGCUGCACCGUCAAAUGACGUCACGAAAUGUAAACAACAUUCGGGAUUUAUCAUUUUAUCCCACUUUUACAGCGAAAUCGGUUGAUUAAAGCCCCGUUGAUUAAAUUUCAUCUAUAAUCAACGGCAAGGCUAUAAUCAAUGGCACGAAAUGACGUCAUCAACUGCCGAACCGGGACUACUUUUUCCCACGCACCUCGUCGCUUGUAUUUGCCAAGUGCAUCAAUAAUAAAAACAAUCUCAAAUGUUAGUCAAUCUUAAUGACCUUAAAACAAAUAAAAGUAGCAAAAAACCGUGUUUUUUGUCAUUCAUUUUUAUUAAAACCUCUAGUAUUAUGUAAAUUUAACACUAUGUUGCAAAUAGGUUCUGUUGUUGUUGCUCCCCUUUGAAGAAGUCAGUUCGAGUUGCUCCCCUUUGACUAUAGAACACAAUCGUCUGCGAAAUCGUAAACCCCUCAAAAUGUCUGACGAAUUUGACAAAGUCAAUUUCUCAUUAACUUGGGAUGAAUUAAAUAAUGAACAUGAGCAACAAGCAACUGAAGUGGAAUUAACACUAAGCCAGUUCCAGGAACAAUAUGGGUUUGAUCCAUCUAUUUUGUUCACAAAUGAAAUUGAAUUGACCAUUGAGAAUGAAACCAGCCCCAGUAGUAGCGCACCAUCCAGUAGCAAUGUCCUCCCCCCAACUUUAGAUCUGCAUGAGAAUAAAGAGUUCUUAGAUUUUAACCUCACUGAUGUUGGUGAUUUCAUUGUCCAGUAUGAAAAUAAAAAGACUGUAUCGAAGACCUUGUCUGACAUAAACAAAUUUAAAAGGUUUCUUAUGUCAAAAGCUGAAUCAAAAGAAAUCCACCACAUAGAACCAACUCUUCUUGAUGAGUAUUUGGCCACUUUCCUGUUGUCCCUUAAAAAGUCAAAUGGCACAGAUUUUGAACCAAGCUCCCUCCGUGGCAUCAUUGCUAGUGUUGACAGGUACCUGAAACGACAUCGCUAUGGAUGUUCAGUCAUGACAGGGACUGGAGUCCAAUUUGCACUCACAAGGAACACCUACAAUGCAAAGAAAAAAAGUCUUAAGAAACAGGGUAUGGGAAACCGUCCUAGGGAGGCCCAUCCUCUGAGUGAUACCGACAUCGAUCUGCUCUGGGAGAAGGGGAUCCUUGGCACGGAGUCUCCGAAAGCCUUGUUAAAUACAGUCUGGUUGAACAACUGCCUUCAUUUUGGCUUGCGAGGUACAACGGAGCAAUACAAUUUGCGGUGGGGAGACGUCCGCCUCCGUGUAGACUCGAAUGGUGUCGAGUAUCUCGAGUUAAACGAGCGGCAAACGAAAACGCGCACAGGAGAGAACAUCGCUGACAUAAGAAAAGUGUCUCCCAAGAUGUUCGGCACUUCUGGACCAAGAAAUCCCGUGUUAAUUUACAAGCUGUACUCGAAUAUGCGUCCAUCUGAUUUUUCUUCAGAUCAGCACCCUUUCUACCUGGCAACACGCACAAUUGACACUGCAUCCCAGUGGUUCUUGCGUCAACAAUUGGGUGUCAACAAGCUGGGUCAGAUGCUGAAGGCCAUGGCAAAAGACGCCGGCUUUCCCGAGCACAAGAGAAUAACCAACCACUCAGUUCGCAAAUUCCUGGUCCAAAAACUUCGAAAUGCAAACAUUCCACCCACUGAAAUCAUGGCCAUAACAGGGCACAAAAAUGUCCAGUCCAUAACCAAUUAUUCCACCAUAUCUGUUGAACAGCAGCAAAAGUGUUCCAACAUUCUUGCUCAGUCCAGUAAAUGUAACAAACAAACAGCUUCCUCUUGUUCACCUUCAUGCACUGAAACUAUGGUCGAAAUGCAGCCUACACAACCACUGUCUACCGUUCAACAAGUUGAUCUUGAUUUUCGUCCCACCCAGUCACUUCACCAGCAAAUGUCUUUCUCUCGUUCGAACAACUUUGCCUCACAAUUCUUUGGUGCCACUUUCCACAUUCAAAAUUUUAAUGUGAAUAAUUAGAUUAAAUCCAAGUUGUUAUUGUUAUUUCGUCACGAAAUAACCACAUAUUACAACAAAGAAGCAAAUGUU